AUGUCGAUAAAAUGGAAUAAAUUUGCCGAAGUACCUCAAAUAACAGUGAAGCUAGUAGGACUUAAGCAUUGGGAGGAAAAAGAGAAAGAUAAAGAGAAGACUAAAGAGAAGGACAAAGAUUCCAAGGAGAAGGAAAGAGAUAAGAAGCUGUUAAAUGGACAUCUCUUCACUGCAACCUCCGUUGUAGCCCAAGCAACCUGUUACCACUGUAUGAAACCUUUCAAUAAGGAUUCGUACUACUGUGCAAACUGCAAUGCAAUUGUUCACAAAGGCUGUAAGGAGAGUUUUGCUUCUUGUGCAAAGGUCAAAAUGAAGCCACAGAGAGGGAUGCUGCAGGCACAUGAUACCUCUUCGUUACCCACAGUAACCAUGAGAAAUAAAAGCUCACAACCGAAGGAGCGCCCUCGCUCUGCAAUACUUGCUCCUGAUGAAAACACCGUAACCUCAAUAUUCAAUAACAGGAGAUCACAACAGACUACAGCGCUUUCGAAAAGUGUCUCAAUACAGAACAUUGCAGGAGUUGGGAAUGAUGACAGCUUAAUACACACUUGGAAAUUCCUGUCGCAGUCAACAGACUCCUUACAUAAAAUCAGCCGGGUGAAUGAAUCCAUGGAAUCACUGGUUGACGAAGGUGCAGACAUGAACGAAGGACAGCUGAUGGGAGACCUGGAAUUAGAUUCCAAGCAGCUGGAGGCAGAGUCCUGGAGCCAAGUAGUGGACAGCAAGUUCCUACAGCAGCAAAACAAAGAUGUUGUCAAACGGCAAGAUGUCAUUUACGAGCUAAUGCAGACGGAAAUGCAUCAUGUCCGCACCCUGAAAAUCAUGAACGAUGUAUACAGCGCAGGGAUGUUAAAGGAACUGCAGUAUGAUCAACAAGUCGUGGACAAGAUUUUUCCCUGCCUGGAAAACUUGCUGCACAUCCACAGUCACUUCUUCCAGCGGAUUCUGGAAAGGAAGAAGGAGUCAUUGGCAGACAAAAGUGAAAAGAACUUUGUUAUCAAGAGGAUAGGUGACAUCCUGGUGAAUCAAUUCUCCGGUGAGAGUGCGGAGCGAAUGAAGAAAACAUACGGCAAAUUCUGCGGGCAUCACAAUGAGGCAGUAAAUAACUUCAAAGAUCUGUACUCAAAGGACAAGCGGUUUCAGGCAUUUGUCAAGAAAAAAAUGAGCAGCUCCCUGGUGAGGCGUCUUGGGAUUUCUGAAUGUAUCUUGUUGGUAACACAGAGAAUCACGAAGUACCCGGUCCUUUUACAAAGGAUACUGCAGUACACCAAAGAAAAUGAAGUGGAACAUGAAGACUUGACUCAGUCAUUAAACCUCGUUAAAGAUGUGAUUGCUGCAGUCAAUAGCAAAGUCAGCAAUUAUGAAAAGAAAAUGCGUCUUGGUGAGAUUUACAACCGGACAGAUAGCAAGUCCAUCAUGAGGAUGAAGAGUGGCCAGAUGUUUGCGAGAGAGGACUUGAGGCAUCGGAAGCUCAUCCGAGAUGGGCCUGUUUCACUAAAAAAUGCAGCUGGCCGGCUAAAAGAAGUCCAGGCUGUUCUCCUCUCUGACAUGCUUGUAUUCCUUCAGGAGAAGGACCAGAAGUACGUCUUUGCGUCACUGGACCAGAAAUCCACUGUGAUCUCUCUGAAGAAGUUGAUCGUACGAGAAGUGGCUCAUGAAGAGAAGGGUUUGUUCCUGAUCAGUAUGGGUGUAAAAGAUCCUGAAAUGGUGGAAGUCCACGCCAGCUCCAAAGAAGAGCGUAACGGCUGGAUACAGAUCAUUCAAGACACAAUGAACACCAUGGAUAAAGAUGAAGACGAAGGAGUCCCUUGUGAGUCUGAGUUUGAAAAGAAAGUGUCGGAUGCGAAAGUGAGAGGACUGAAAGAACAACUUCAGAAGAAGGAUAAACAGAUCCUCCUCUUGCUGGAGGAGAAGGCUAAGAUCUUCCGGGACAUGGCAGACAGCUCUGUGCAAGAGGACAUGCCAGGCUCCAGGCUGCUCUUCAGAGCCAACACAGAAGAGGCACCAAAAGGAGAGGCCAUUAUGAAAACUGCAAUAAAUGAAGUUGAACUGCUGCAAGACCUGGUGAACAGGAGCCUGGGCACUGCCCUCGGGCAGCAGGUCAGCAGCAGUGCCAUGGAACAAGAAGGAGGAGUUGGCCCCAUCUCUCUUCCUAGAAGGGCAGAAACUUUUGGAGGAUUUGACAGUCAUCAGAUGAACGCCUCCAAGUGUGGAGCGAAAGAUGAAGGCGACGAUGCUCAGGAUCUUCGGAGAACAGAGUCGGACAGCAUUUUAAAGAAGGGUGGAAAUGCUAAUCUGAUGUUCAUGUUGAAAAGGAAUAACGAGCAGGUCCUCCAAACCAUUACCAGCCUCCAUAAGCUGCUCAGUGCUUUGCAGGGCGUCGUGCUGCAGCAGGACACCUACAUCGAGGACCAGAAGCUGGCUCUGAGCGAGAGAGCUCUGACCCGAAGCUUCUUCCGGCCGACCUCGCUGCUGGAGCAGGAAAAGCAGCGCAACCUGGAGAAGCAGCGCCAGGAGUUGGCCAACCUGAAGAAGCAGCAGACACAGCACCAGGAGGAGAGGCGGAGGAGAGAGAAGGAGUGGGAAGUCCGGGAGAAGGAACUGGCAGAGCAGGAGGCCCACCUGGCCCAGCGAGAAGAGCAGGUCCAGAGAGGGUGGCAGGAUCUCGAGCGGGAGCAAGAGGAGCUGCAGGUGAAGAAGGCCUCCUACCAGCUUGACCUGGAGAGGCUUCGUACGGCACAGAAGCAGCUGGAGAGGGAGAAGGCGCAGUUCAAGCAAGACGUGGAGCGAUUAGCUCAAAUGCGGCAGGAGCCUGACCACAACCAGGUUUCAAAUCUACAUGAGAAACUUGCAAGAGUCGCCUCCCAGUCCAGCAUCGAUGACUCCUCCAAGAAGAGCCCUUCCCUUCCUAAACAAGGGCACUUUGAUGCAGAACUGUCUGUCUCCCCCAAAAGGAACAGUCUUUCAAGGACACACAAAGAGAAAAGCACUUUCCAUUUGCUUAGCACAACAAACCAGACUAACAAGGCAGCUGAGGAACAGCCCCAGAUGCCUACCCGCCUCUUCAGUUUAGCCAAACCAAAGGAGAAGAAGGAAAAGAAGAAAAAGGGCAGGGGACAUCGCUCCCAACAGUCUGAUUCUCACUCAUCAGAAGCACCUCCAGAGGGUGAGGAGAUCUUCUGCUGAGCACGGACGGUUCCAUCGGUCAUUCUCGGCAUUGGUACAGUGGACAUCUCCCUGCCCGCUCCACAGCACGCUGCUGGUGCCUGCAUCUGACAAGCAUCUGGAGGUUUUAAAUACAACAUGUUAUGAAGGCUGUUAAGUGGUGGGAAAGGGCCUCUCUCCUGUGGUUUUGUGUGAAUUCUCACCACAGAGGCUGACUGCACGGCAAGUAGUACCGUCUCUCUGUGCAAACCUUGGGUUAUAUGGAUUGGGAUAGAUGUUUUCUGUCUCUUCUUACUGCUGAAGGGUGAGAGAACAUAGCCUUAAGGGGAUGUGCCUUCAAAUUCCCCUUUUCUGGGGAAGGUAACCAAAACCAAGCAUUUAGCAAAAGAUUAGGACUCUACAAAUGGUGCGUACACACUGGCAUAUAUAGAUAUACUGUAUAUAUACAUAUAUGUAUCUAUGUAUCCACUGGGAUAUGCUUACAGUCUGUACAGCCAAGCUCAGCUCGGCCCGUGGGGAUAGAUGAUACCUGAUGACUUUCAGGGAGCGUGUAGAUAUUAAAUAUCUUGCCCUUAUGCUCCAAUUGUAAUGCCAUUGACUUGCACGCCCCUUUUGUGCUCAUGGUGUG